GUUGUACUUACUUACAGCCUGCUGUGGAUACAGUUGAAAACUCUGAAUUGGGAGUCAUAGUUGGACACAAGAAUACAGGUUUCAGUAUUGAAGCUGUAAAAUGUCUUAAUGCUUUCAACUCUACCAAGAGAACUUAAACCCAGUAUUGCACUGUUAUUAAACAUCAUAGUAUAUGGGAGUGGAUUCAGCUCUGUAAUUCAGGAAGUACCAAAGGGGACUCUCUAUUUUCAUGUUACAUGCACAUCCUAGGAAAAUGUUUUAGCCAAGUACAUAAGAAUAAUAGGAAUCAUAUCAAAGGCUCUUUCUCCCUUUUCACAAUUUUUUUUUCUGUCAGCUGUCAAAUUCAGUGGCUUUGUGUUAAAAUUGACUUGUGUGGAAGAUAAAUAUAGCAGCCCUCACUUCAGGAGAAAACUUGUAACUGGUGUGUGGAGAAAGACUCUGCUGUAAAGAGGUGCUUGUCCUGAACAUUAAUGGGAGUGGUUAGAUGAGGGGGUAGGAUGCUCAGAACAUCAACAUUAUUUCUCAGAGAUCACACUGGCUAGUUUUUGAAAAAUCACUUCUCACCCAUGUAACUUCAAUUCCCCUGCCCCAGAAAAGCUCAGAAAUUCAGCAAAGCUCAAAAUUUCAUUAAAGCUAUGGUAGUGAAAGAUUGUUUCCAGGAGCAGGAAGCAGGGAGAAAAGCACACUCUGCUGUGUGUUUAAAGAGAAAAAAAGGCAUUAUACCUCUUUUUGAAUGCUUCCAAACUUUUUGGCGUGUCUAGCUGAUUUUUUUAUAUUCUUCUUAGAUCUUUUAUUCCCACCAGGCCUGGUUUCUAGUUUAUUAUUAUCCUAUUAAGAGUACUCUUGCAUAAGGGCUUUUGAUGACUUUUUUUUAUUCCCUGAAUUCAUGGUCCAUCCAUAUAGCUUUAUUUCAAACAUUACCUUUCACUUAAGGAAUUGCAUCAUGUCACAGAUACCUUUUACAAAAACCAGAUUCAGCAUGCUAAAUCCUGACAUUCCUGUGCAGCUGCUUCUUUUGCUGUCAGCGGGGUACUGGGGAUUGUGGAGCAAGGGUGAAGUUGGCAGGAGCAGGUGCCAAGCUGCCCAAACUACCACAGUCUGUUCUUUAGGAACAACUACAAGUAGGUGAGCUGCUUAAGCAGCUCUUAUUGGAGCAUGUUCAAAUACAAACUAAAUCAGAAAGGUGGUGUGAAGCAGAGAAAGGGGACACCAGCAACAUGGGAGAAACCUGACAGAGAGCUUCCACUAGGUUUUUCCGUGACCCUUUGUGGCUAUUUUGGGUGGGCCUGCCCAGUGUGUGGUUGGACCACCUCCUCUGGAUCACAAGACACAGAAUCCAGCUCAGAGAAGUGUGGUCUUGAGCUGAGUGGGAGAAGAUUCCCAUCCUACCAGCAGCCUGGCUUAGGAGGUGAGAAGAUAUCCUGGUCUCCUGGAUGCACCUGGUCUUCAAAGGCAAUGGCAGCUCUAACUACGUAUGCAAGGGUACCCUGCUAGAAAUUAAGAAUUAGAUCAAGGAGCAUAAAUAAACCAAGCUUAUAAUUUUUGCUGGAAUACAGAUCAUAGUACAGGAGAACAGAAUUUGGUAGAUAUGAAACAAGAGAUGGAGUCUGAGUGUCAGAAGACAGAAUGCCCUUAUGCACUGGCCAGUGACACUGGAAAGGAGGGGCACUUGGGAGCUGCUGGAGCAGCAUAGCAAGAAGGGGAACAUAUGCCGCUGGCCCCUCUGUUCUUAUCCCAAACCUCUAAGGGUGCUGUUCUGUCCUACUUUGUACUAUUUUCUUGGGCCUUUAUUUGAGACUAGUUUCCUGACAGCAUGUUUCUUCUCUCUGAAUGGUCAGGGGUGACUGCUGCCUGAGCAACUCCAGCAGGUUCACUGGAAAGCUUUCUCUGAAACAGGUGAAUUGCCUAAAGAGCUCAAGUUGGACAAUUUUGUGGAAGAAACACUCUGGCAGCAGUGUGCAGGGUAGCACUGUGGGCUGUCCAUUCUGCUUGUCCUACUGUGUCCAGCUGCUGAGGAGUGGUGAAGAGAAGGCAGCCCAAGCAGUUCACUGAGGCUGUCACAGACAUCUUUUGGAAGAGUUACUUUCAUCAAUGUACUUGCCUCGGAGUAGCGCCCGGGGGAGCGCAGCUGCGUGGGAAAGCAGCACGUCAGAGCACAAAUUAUGUCAUGCAGCCCAAUGACUGCAGAAGAUCCCGGCUCGGAGCUCGCCUGGGGAUAUAAAGCUGGCUGAAGGAGCAAAAGUAGCGGCGAGCCGAGCGGGAGAGAAGCACGCUGCGGGAGGCAGGAGCAUCCCUCCGCUCCCGCUGCUCCUGUGCCGUGUUUGCAGCCCCCGGGUGCGCCGGGGCUGAGCGAGGGGAGAGCGGCUCUCCCGGGGCACGGAGCGAGCUCUGCUCUCGCAAAUGAGCUCUUCCCAAAUUGGAGGAGCAGAGCGGCGUUCCAGAGAUGUUGUCCUGUUUUGUCUGGCUCAGCCUCCCCGACUUGGUUAUCGCCUUUGUGACCCCAGGAAAGUUGCCCCUCAAUGGGAGCCUGGAGAAGACUUUUGUAAUCCCGAACGUGUCGGGUUUCUUUUCCUGGGAUAAUGACAGCCUGGCCGACUGGCAGAGCUUUGUGAACAGGAGCCGGUACGGAGCAGAAUCUCAGAGCACGACGGUGAAAGCCCUGCUCAUCGCGGCGUACUCCUUCAUCAUUGUCUUCUCCCUCUUCGGCAACGUCCUGGUCUGUCAUGUUGUCAUCAAGACGAAGCGCGUUCACUCUGCCACCAGCUUGUUCAUUGUGAACCUGGCUGUAGCCGAUAUCAUGAUCACGCUCCUCAACACACCUUUCACGCUGGCUCGUUUUGUGAACAGUACCUGGAUCUUUGGGAAGGGGAUGUGCCAUGUCAGUAGAUUUGCACAGUACUGCUCCCUCCACGUCUCUGCCUUGACCCUUACAGCCAUUGCUGUGGACAGGCACCAGGUUAUAAUGCACCCUCUGAAACCUCGCAUAUCUACUGGAAAAGGUGUUAUCUACAUCUCUGUAAUCUGGAUCAUGGCAACUUGUUUUUCCCUACCACAUGCUAUCUACCAAAAGCUCUUUACCUUUGAAUACAGUGAGGAUGUUACCCGGUGCCUGUGUCUGCCAGAUUUCCCUGAGCCUGCCGACCUCUUUUGGAAGUACCUUGAUUUAACAACCUUCAUUCUGCUCUACGUGCUGCCCCUUCUGAUCAUCUCUGCUGCCUAUGUGACAGUGGCAAAGAAACUCUGGCUGCGCAAUGUCAUCGGGGACGUCACCACUGAGCAGUACUUUGUCCUUCGCAAAAAGAAUAAGAAGACCAUCAAGAUGCUGAUGCUCGUUGUCAUCCUCUUCGCAGUUUGCUGGUUCCCCUUGAAUUGCUAUGUCCUCCUCCUCUCCAGCCAGACCAUCCACACCAACAAUGCCCUGUACUUCGCCUUCCACUGGUUUGCAAUGAGCAGCACCUGCUACAACCCCUUCAUCUACUGCUGGCUCAAUGACAGCUUCCGAUCGGAGCUGAAGGCUUUGCUCAACAUGUGCAGAAAAGCCCCCAGGCCCACGGAACAGAGGCUUCCCUCCACUGUCCCAUCCUACCGAAUGGCUUGGCCAGAAAAUGGCAACCUCAAGAGGUUGCAGGCCUCCCAAGUCCUUCCACCAUCCUCCAACAUCCAGUCAGGAAAGACAGACAUCUCUGCAGUUGAGCCAGUAGUAGCUGUGAGCUAAACGGUGACCUUGGGAAAUCUUACAGGACUGCACACAGACUUGGCAAGAGCUAAAAUGGUGGGAAGAUGUGGAGCCCUGGCCACACCACAGGUGAUAAAACCAAGAAAGGAGGUUCUGCAGGGGGCAGUAUGAAAGAGUUGCAUGUUUAAUACAGGCUGAUGACAAUGGUGUGGAGCCCCUAGAGGGGAGAAAGUAAGCUCUUCCCAGGAAGGAACUUUUGCCUUUGUCAAGGUGACUUUGGACUGGCUUGCAGGAUGGGAUUCUCUGCAUGUGUGUUGCUGUUACCUGCAUGACUGAGCCUUGUUAGUUACUAAGACUGUGGGUGUGUUUUGCUGGUACUUAAACAACAGUCUCAUCACAUCAGGCCUCUCUUCCCCUCUUCUGACUCUCCUUGUAGCAACAUGGAAAUGGUUGAGAGGUAGACUUUUAGGUUGCUAUCUGAGAUCCGGUGCAACUGGGUAGGAAAGCAUCCUUUCUGAACUGGGAUCUGAAAAGUCAAGACCUUUUCAGAAUGAAUGAAUAGAUGUAUUCCACAAAGCCUUUUUUUUUUUUUUUUUUGGUGGAUAUACCCUUGGAGAAGUGGAGGAUAUGAUAGACACUGAUAAAUAGGAGUCUCUUACUUCACAGGCACUUUUUCUAAGAAAGAUCUGAAGAAAAGCGGAUGCCUAUUCUUCAAGUAGAAAAAUAGUUUUUCUUCAAAUAGAUAACUAAACCCAAAAAACAUACAAAAAGUUGGACAUGCCAUUCACAGCUGGAGUAUGGAUAAUUAAGUUCUACUGUGGAUUUGGACUAGAACCUUUUAUUAGAGUAUCUUUGCAUCAUUGUCAAGUUGCAGCUAAAAGAUCCCACAGUUUGACUUUUUAACUCACCUUUGAAUGUUGCUCUCUUACCCUGUAAAGCAUCUGUGUACUUGUCACUUCAAGGGCAUUUCAUCCCAACUAAGAAGUUAGCUCUCUGGAAUCAGUUCAUAAAUGAACCGCUUUGAGAAAAGAGAUGAUAUCUCUGAUGGAAAGUAAUAAAAGUGGAACAUUUGUCUGCAAGUUAUCCUCUGAUGACUGCACAAUUUUGGUGCAUUUAAGCUGAGAUGCGUCCUAUUUGGAGUGGCUAAGAAAAUUCACGACUGCAAGUGUCUGAAGUAGAUUUCAGAACUUAAAGUUCUUAGCAGAAGAAAAUAUGGGUUCAAAUAACAAAAAAAUGUUGUUCCAAAACCUCUACUUUAUAGCACAGAGGAGCAAUAUUUCCUUGUGCUGUGGAAAUUAGCUUGACCAUCACAUCACGGUGCCCCAUUCCACAUUUAACUUGCAGCAUUCAGUAGUGAAGUGAGAAAAAUCUUCUUAUAAAUGGAAAAAAAAAAAGUGAAACUGUUUUUCUCAGUGUCCUGUAAUAAACUUACAGUUCUGAAAUAAUUUUAAGCCUCGUGCAGGGUUUUCACACCUCAGUAUUUUACAGGAGUGAAAUAUCUACCACUCUUUGCAGCUAACCUGCCCUUGCACAAGCAGUUAUCAGUCUCUCACUGUGAAUCCAGUGCUAUUUUACUGCCCUUUAUCAAAUCCCCUGGAGUCAGAGUAUUUUGUAUCACUGACCUGCAGAGUUAAACCUUUCCUCCUGCCUUCUUUGACCCCUUAUGCCAACUCCCUCCCUCAACAUUUACAAUACAUGAGCCCUGAAUUGUUCAGGGCAUCAUUAUGGAUGAUCAUUGUAGCUCACUUCCAAAUGAACUAUUCUAUUCUAUUCUGUUCUAUUCUAUUCUAUUCUAUUCUAUUCUAAUUUUCCAGUUGUGCAGAGUUUGUGAACCAUGCUCCCCAUUCCAGUGGCAGCAGAAUCCAGCACUUUACUAGCAAAUAAGUCUCUGAGAAUGCUGGGUACCUCAGUGAGAUGUUCUUUCUGAAGCUGAAGGAAACAUCUUAAGAUUCACCAUUUUUGAGUGUAGUUGUCAUCCUGCUACAUAUAUAGAAUGUUGCUGUAACUCCAGUAGACAAAAUCCUUAGAUGCCCACUCAAAUGCUCCUGGUGGGCCUGAGCGGGACUCCUGCAGUUACAGAUCACCUACAGAUCCUACAACCCUGCACUGGGUGGCAAAACUUUCUCCUCCAGGCUCUGAUCAAUCCUGAAUCUGGGCACAAGGGGGGGAUGCAAGAAGUUAAGAAGUUGAAGCUGUUUGAUUUGAUUAAAAAGAGCAGGAGGGAUGGACUGGAUAAAAGGAAAAGAAGAGGCAGAUUGGACAGUGAACAUUAGGAGCCUGUCCAGGAAUGAACAGGUGGCCAGCAGAGAUACAAGUCUCAGAGAGAUUUGGACAACACGAAAGAGGGGAACGUGGUUGAAGCACUAGAAAUGGUGUCCUUGGAAACUGUACAUCAUACACUGGGUGUGCUACAAUGUGCUUAGCAUGGUACAGGGUAAUUUCUAAUAAUUAGCUAUUUUUCAUUUUCUUCAUAUCUGAUUUGGGAUUCUGGACAGACAUUUUGCAUUCACCAGUGCUGCUGAAAUCAGUGGGGGGUUGUGCUCUGCGCACACAAAGUGCAGUAUGAAACAAAGUACUCCAAAAAUAUUUGCCCUGGGCAAUUUAACUUGGGCAUCCAGGCUUCAUGGGUAUUUUUUCAUUCUACCCCAUCUCUCUUGCAGACCAAAGGGUUCUUUUAAAAUGCUAAUACAGCCAUUGGUGCACAAACUGCAUUCAGGUGCCAUCUUGGUGGGUGUAAAGGGAGGAUCUGAGUGUUGAUAAAAUGAGACACAAUGUGUACAGGGUGGAGAUUAAUUUUCCAUUUUGUGUGUGUUUGCCUACUGUAGCUGGAGGUUUUGCUGUCUUUUGAAUUUGGGAGGUGUGGCACAAGGCACUGAACAGCUGUUCAUUGCAGGGGAUCUGCACAGCCCAAGAACAGACAUUUUGUGGGAAAAUGAACUGCAUUUAGAGAAUACAUCAUCUGGCACACAAAUAAAGGAACUCAGGGUUACAAAGGUAAAGUUAAUGCUGACAUCUCCAAAAUUUUGAGUGGCUGGCUCUACAGCUUCUAUGGUUUAGUGUGUUUUGGGUUUUUCUACUCAAAAGCGAAUUGUUAUUUGUAUUGACAAUACUGCUUUCUUAUUUUUCUGUUUCCUUGAAAAAUAUUGUAACAGGCCUAAGAAAAUUAACUUGCAAGUGCUAGGAAUUAAUGAAUAUUAAGUCUCAGUUUCUAAAACA